UUACGUUUUAUGUCAGCGAAUGUCUUUGACCCAGAUAAUUGCAAACUUUUGGCAAAAAGAAUUCUUAAUUUUGCUGAAGGAAUUCUUGGAUUUAACAGCGGGAUUCCUACGAUAAUUUAAAUUUGAACCCGUAGACAAAGGCUGUCAAAUAAUGAAGAAACUCUCAGCGAAAUCGCAGGCCUACGCCUCGAGUCACGAGGAAAGUGAAAACGACAGUGAUCAGACAGAGUGCAGCAUUGGGAGCAAUUCAACGGCGUAUACUCAUCGCAGUGACACACCAACGCAGCGCAGCGUUCGUUACAAACGAAAGGGUCGUCGACGAUUGAAAGCAGGUAAAGCAAAAGUUUCCAAUGACAAAACCCUCUAUAAAUAUUGCUCAAGCUAUAAAGAAGAUCAUGGACAGCCAUUGUUCGGUGUGCAAUUCAAUCACAAUUUAAAGGAAGGCGAACCGAUGAUAUUCGCCACAGUGGGUAGUAAUCGUGUCAGUAUUUACGAAUGUCCCGUGGAAAGUGGAAUUCGCCUGCGGCAAUGUUACGCCGAUCCCGAUCCGGAGGAGAAUUUUUACACCUGCGCCUGGACCAAUGACGAUUCCGGAAAGCCUUUGCUCGCCGUCGCUGGCUCACGAGGCGUCAUCAGAAUCAUCAGCCCGGCGACGAUGACUUGCGUGAAACAUUACAUUGGUCACGGCCACGCUAUUAAUGAACUUAAAAUUCAUCCUCGAGAUCCAAAUAUUCUACUCUCAGCCUCGAAGGAUCAUGCACUGAGACUUUGGAAUAUUAAAUCAGAUGUUUGCAUUGCUAUUUUCGGUGGCGUCGAAGGUCAUAGGGACGAAGUGUUGAGUGCUGAUUUCGAUAUGAAGGGGCAGAGGAUUAUUUCCUGCGGUAUGGAUCAUGCUUUGAAACUCUGGUCCCUGGAGAAGGCGGACAUGCAGGAGGCAAUGAAGCAAUCGUACUUUUGUAAUCCGAGCCGAAAUGGCAGGCCAUUUGAUUCAGUUCUUCAGCAUUUUCCCGAUUUCACGACGAGGGACGUGCAUAGGAAUUAUGUCGAUUGCGUCAAGUGGUUCGGCGAUUUUAUUCUCAGUAAAUCGUGCGAGAAUUGUAUUGUGUGUUGGAAGCCGGGGCGACUGGAGGAUUCGCAAUUGCGAAAUAAUGAGACGAGUGCCACGGUUUUACAUCGAUUUGAAUUCAAGGAGUGCGACAUUUGGUUUAUUCGAUUUUCCAUGGACUUUUGGCAGAGGACAAUUGCUCUUGGCAAUCAAGUGGGUCGCACUUACGUUUGGGAUCUUGAAGUCGAGGAGCCGGGUCACGCUCGUUGUUGUCCUCUUCAACAUCCACGAUGUACGGCUCCCAUUCGACAGACGAGUCUCAGCAGAGAUGGAACGGUUUUGCUUUGUGUGUGCGACGAUGCAACUAUUUGGAGGUGGAAUCGAGACACUUGAUUCUAUUUUCCACUAUAAACAAUUAUGAGUUUCUUCUCACAAAAACAACUACUAAAUGUCGAUAAUUUUACAUCUUUUUCUUUUUUCUUCUCUUUUCCUCUAAUAUCGAAAAAUGAAUUAUAAAUUCCAAUUUCGAAAAAUAGAAAUCAACUCUAUUAAAAAACGAUCUUUUCAAUGUUUACUAAAAAUUAAGACAAUAAUUCAUUUCUAAAGAUUUAAUGUUUUAUUGCCUAGAUACAGAAACAAGUAUUAUUCCUAAAUACGUGAAAUUAAUUAAAGAGACCGAAUUUUUCUUUUGUAUUUGUAAAUAUUUUUCUGCUAUGGUAUUCCUUAAUUCAUGCACUAAAUAAAUAAUAUUAAUCUUUUGA